ACUGGGUGCACUGCUUACAGGAAUCGUGCGUAAUUAGCUAAAAAUAAAGUAUCGAACUUGUAGUCCUUCGUUUACGAAUAUAUUGUAUUAUUAGCCCUAUGUUUCUUUGAUUAAACGUUUGUGUAGUUAUAUCGUACACAAUUGAAAAUGUUUGCGGGCCUACCUGAGCUUGGGAUAUCCAAUGGCGAGGAUCUAAAAGAAACACUGACUAACUGCACAGAGCCUCUGAAAGCCAUUGACCAGUUUCAGACAGAAAAUGGCAUUUUGUUGCCAACUCUUCAGUCAGCUCUUCCCUUCCUGGACCUUCACGGGACUCCUCGGUUGGAGUUUCACCAGUCUGUCUUUGAUGAGCUUCGUGACAAGUUGAUGGAGCGAGUCGCCACUAUCGCGGAGGGCAAGGAUGAGGAACGUUAUGGGAAACUUGAAGAGCUUCUCGAGAAGAGUUUUCCGCUGGUGAAGAUGCCUUCCAUUCAGCCAGUGGUCAUGCAGGUUCUGAAACAUCUUCCAAAGGUUCCAGAGAAAAAGCUGAAGCUUGUAAUGGCUGAUAAGGAACUGUAUAAGGUCUGUGCUGUUGAGGUGAAGAGGCAGAUCUGGCAGGACAACCAGGCUCUCUUCGGGGAUGAGGUUUCGCCCCUGCUCAAGCAGUAUAUUGUGGAGAAGGAGGCAGCACUUUUCAGCAGUGAUCUCUCUAUUCUGCACAACUUCUUCAGCCCCUCCCCCAAAGCAAGACGCCAAGGAGAGGUAGUCUUGAAGUUGACCCAGAUGAUUGGGAAGAAUGUGAAACUGUAUGACAUGGUACUUCAGUUCCUGCGAACCCUCUUCCUGCGUACGCGUAACGUCCACUAUUGCACCUUGCGUGCAGAGCUGCUCAUGUCCCUCCAUGACCUGGACAUCAGUGAGAUCUGUUCAGUAGAUCCCUGCCAUAAGUUCACCUGGUGCUUGGAUGCCUGUAUCCGUGAGAAGUUUGUGGAUGCCAAGCGAGCCCGGGAAUUGCAAGGUUUUCUGGAUGGAGUGAAGAAAGGACAGGAGCAAGUACUUGGGGACCUGUCCAUGAUCCUGUGCGACCCAUUUGCCUGUAACACCCUGGUUUUGAGUACGGUCCGAAACUUGCAAGAAUUGCUCAGCCAGGACGCUCUACCCAGAGACAGUCCAGACCUGAUGCUGCUGCUCAGAAUGCUGUCUCUUGGUCAAGGGGCUUGGGAUAUGAUUGACAGCCAAGUCUUUAAAGAGCCCAGAUUGGAACUGGAGGUUGUAACCCGUUUUCUACCAGCCAUGUUGUCAGUAGUUGUGGACGACUACACCUUCACUGUAGAACAGAAGCUCCCCAGUGAGGAGAAGACCUCCCUCGCUUACCCCACAGCCCUGCCUGAUGCCUUCAACAAGUACCUGCAGGGGAACAGGGUGGCAUGUGAGAUAGGUCUGUAUUACACACUCCACAUUGCCAAGCAGAGGAACAAGAAUGCCUUACAACGGUUACUUCCCGCUUUGGUGGAGACCCACAACGAAAUGGCCUUUGGGGACAUCUUCCUGCACCUCCUGACAGGGCACCUCACCUUGCUCUCUGAUGAGUUUGGGACUGAAGAGUUCUGCUCUGCUGUGUUUGAUGCUUUUCUCCUCGCCUCUUUCUCCAGUAAAGAGAAUGUCCACAGACACACCCUACGUCUGUUGCUUCACCUUCACCACAAAGUUUUGCCAUCUUGUGUGGAGACCUUACUGAAAACCCUGGAACCCCCAAAACAGAGCAGUGACCAGGUGAAGGAGUUGUACACCCAGCUGACGGAGAAACUGGAGGCCCAAAAGAAGAGUCCUGCCCAGCCAGACGAAGCCCCCUCUCUAGACCUGGGGCUCCAUCCUGUUACAGUGCCCACUACAGCCUCCACUCCAACCACACCACUUUGAGAGAGGAGGAGGUAGGACGCAUCGAAAGAAACAAACCCAGUGGCUUGAAAAACGGAUGCUCAUAUUACAUGUAGAAUUGAGGUCGGCUCCAGAAACCAUUAAAAAAAAAACGG